CACACGUCAGGAGGAUCGUGGUCUGCGCAGCGGCAGCAGAAAAAGAAGGAACCUGCAGCUAAACAAACACUAGCCGACAACUUCUGAGUGAUGGGCAUACUGGCUCCUUUUUUGGGACUCUUCCUUUUGGGGCUGUUCCACGUGGAAGCAAAACAAGACACCUUGAGUUCUCAGGAUGCGUCUUUCUGUCAGGGUGAACUAGAAGUGAUCUAUCCCAAGCUGGACAUUUACAAAUGCCUCCUAAUCCCAAAGGAGCUCAGGGAGAAAAUCAGCAGAGUUUGGAAAGCCCCACAGGUUUACUUCUCUUCUCCACAGGAGAAAAAGACGUACGUGCUGGUGAUGGUUGAUCCUGACGCUCCAAGCCGCAGCAAGCAAACAUCUGCUUACUGGAGGCACUGGUUGGUCGUGGACAUACAGGGCAGUGCACUCAAGAAAGGACAAAUAGAAGGAACAAGCCUCACUGAUUAUAAUCCGCCGACCCCGCCACAGAAGUCUGGGUUUCACCGCUACCAGUUUAUGUUGUUUGAGCAGCCUCCAGGCACACCAGUGUCACUCACCAACGAGGAGAAGGCAUCCCGUGGUAAAUGGGAUUUUCAGGCCUUCAUCACAAGGUUUGAUCUGGGAGAGCCUGUGGCUACUCUUCAGUUUCUCACCCAGAACUACAAAGACUAAAGGAUGCUCAGAUGCCUAAAAUGGAA